AUGUCCUCCGACAUGAAACACCACUCCUCUCUCGAGGCCGGACUAUUGAGAAAGCAGCAGGAAGAAGAAAAGUUGCAACGUUCUGUACGAGGUUUUGGAGACCGCACCCUUGGACAACCCGAUACAUGCCCCGGAGCCCAGGAGAAGCGCAAAAUGUCAACCUUUCGUCGAUUCCUCAUCAUCGCCUUCAUUGGCCUGGUGGCUUUGAUGGGCCUCGCCGCCGCUGGAGGACCCUGCCUCAGUGCUGUCCAGCACCACGCCGUGCAGCUGGAGAAGCGUCAAGUGUCUGGCAGCAACACCACUACUCCUCCUGCCAACUCCAAUCAAGCCAAUGACGGUACUAAUACCGGCACUACACAUACUGUUGAAAACACCGUCACCUCAACAGUCGUGACCACACAGACAGUUCACCAGUCUGACAGCAGCACCCCUACUGCACCUUCUUCCACUGCAUCCUCGGAGCCCGGAUCUUCACCACCUUCUUCUGCGCCUCCUAGCUCGUCGCAGCCCUCGCAACCCUCACAACCGGCUUCGUCUUCUACGCCGUCUGCACCAGUCACUUCCAGCAAUCCACCGGCAUCUACCCCAACUACUCAGCCAGCUCCCUCCAGCACCAAGUCUACAUCCCAAUCGAAUCCUCCUCCAGUCUCCACCUCAACGGAGCCUACGUCUUCUUCUUCCGAGACUACUGCUCGCCGCACUAUCACUACCGGUACCAUCACUACCUCGAGCGCCGUGCAGGAAACCAUUACUCGAACCGAUGGGAAUGGUCGCGUCGAAACGAUUACCUCGACGUCUUGGGUUGAGAUUCGCCCGUCAUCAACGGGCUCGACCGACCCCAGCCUACAGAACGCAGCCAACGGCCGUGGCACCGCUGGGUUUGCCGCUGCUGCCGUCGCUGGUAUUAUCGCCGGUGCCAUGAUCUAA